GCCGCACUCUGAGCGGAGCAGAAGAGCAGAGGAGACACACACACCCUUAUAUAUACUCUCACACACACUCACACACUCACACUCAGUCAGAGAGAGACUCAGCCUCGAGAGAGAGAGAGAGAGAGAGAGAGAGAGAGACCCGCACAGUUCUGAGUAACUCCUCCAUCAUGAAGCCUCGCUACCAGGUGCUGUGCGCGCUGCUGCUGCUGUGCAGUCUGCGGGAGGACCUGCUGACGGAGGCGUGCUCGUGCGCGCCCGCGCACCCGCAGGACGCCUACUGCAACUCCGACAUCGUGAUCCGAGCCAAAGUGGUGGGGAAGAAGCCACUGAAGGACGGACCCUUUGGCACAAUGCGCUACACAGUCAAGCAGAUGAAGAUGUACAAAGGAUUCAACAAAAUGCAGCACGUCCAACACAUCUACACAGAUGCCUCAGAGAGCUUAUGCGGAGUCAAGUUUGAAAUCAACAAGUACCAGUACUUGAUCACAGGCCGUGUGUAUGAUGGGAAGGUCUACACGGGGCUGUGUAACUUCAACGAGAGGUGGGAGCGUCUGUCCCUCGCCCAGAAGAAAGGAAUCAACCAUCGCUACCAGCUGGGCUGCAACUGCAGGAUUAAGCCCUGUCACUACCUGCCCUGCUUUGUGACCUCAAAGAACGAGUGCCUGUGGACGGACAUGCUGUCCCACUUCGGCUACCCUGGUUACCAGUCGCGCCACUAUGCCUGCAUCCAACAGAAAGAGGGCUACUGUAGCUGGUACCGGGGGAUGAUCUCACGUGACAAAACCAUCGUCAACACCACUGACCCCUGAACACUCCCAGCACUUUCCACACACUUUCCCUCUCUUUUAAAACCUGGCUUCUUUCUACUAUCCCUCAAACCUUCAUUUAAAAAAAAAAAGUUAUCCAUAUGGAGACGUAGGUCAAGUCUUGCAGACUGCGGCAACUUUUACAGGUGCCUGUGAAAGCACUUUCAGUGUACACAAUACCUGUGUUCUACUGCGUACGGUCACGCUGUGGUCACCCUACCUGCACUCUGCUGUCCACAGAGACACGCUGAGCUGUUACCGCCCUCAGAAGGACACAUUAAAGGGAGAGACAAGAGUUGUAUCAGGGAAAAAUCUUGCCAUUAAAAUAAUCAGAAAAGCUGCCUUUAACUUUAAUACUGUACAUACAGAAAUAAUAAAUUAAGAUUAUAUUGAUUUCUUAAGUUUUAGCACUAUAUAUUCCUUCAAAACUAUUCAGAUCAGAUUAAAUAAAAUGAAAUAAAAAAAGGCUUGUUCAUAAUCAAGAAAUCUUCCCUUGCAAUUUCUUGUGUCCCCCUUUAGGUCUUUUGAGAAUGCACUAAACUUGCUUUCUAAACUGCUGGCGCUUUUUCAACAUCACAGUUGCGUAUAAGGUGAAUGAUACUUCCAGUGUUGUUCUAUAAAGCAAUAAGUGUUACAUGCCGUAUAUAAUCUCUGGCAAAGAAAAAAUAAUGUAUUGUGCCAACAAACAGCGUCAUUUAAAACAGCACACGUGAUUCUCAACAACAGCGUUUUAAAAACCAAUCAGAGGGCAGUGUUCAUGCGAGGUAAUAAUUUAUGAAAGCAAUACUUUACGGUCCUCCCACAGAAGCACUUAGGUAUUGUAUUAUAAUGAUUUUAGAGUUAUAUGAAUAACUGUAUGUGCGUAUACACAGAUAUACAAAUUUCCACAAUAUAUAUAUACUGUAAUACAGAGAUAUACAGUUCUCCACAGUUCUUGAGGUCUGAAAACUACAGUUUUCACCCUCUCAUUACCAGGCCUGGUAGAAAGUGGCCAACCAUUUCCAUUACCAGUCCAAUUAGCCAUCUGUAAUAAUUACAGUUUGAGAUUUGAAUACCUCUGCUGUAAACUAUAUAUUUAUGAAAUCUCUGCUUGCCUCCUGCUUUGUGCUGUAGAGUUCAAUUUCCAUAGUAUAAUCUCAUGUAUUGAGGAUGUAUUUGUUUGAAUAUUCACAAAAAAAUCUAUCAAAGAUUUCUAUAUAUAUAUAUUUUUUACAAGAAAAUGCAGCAAAAAUGAACCUUAUAGCACAAAUUUUGGGGAACACUUAUUUUUUUUGAGAGGGGCAAUAGAUGCAAUUUAUUUUGUUUCUCUUGCUGUUUGAUAUAAGCUAAGAAACAGUGACCUGACUGAAACCUCUGUUGUAUGUCAUGAGCACUAAUAAUGUUACAAUGGAUUAUUACACCUUCUGAGUUAGUUUAAGGUUGGUUGACGGUGGUUCUCAUUUUGGUCCUCAGAGACACCCCCAGUGGCUCACAUUUUAGCUCUAUGUGUUGGGAUCUGGCACGUAGCCAAAAUAUCGAUUGGUGUUGGGUGGUGGCCCUGAGUGCAGAUAAAAAAAAAGUACUGGUUUACAGUGUAGACCACACAAUUAUCAUCUGGCUUUUUUAUUAUGAACCUUUUUAUUAUGUACUUAGAAUAAGAUCACACAUUUCAUGCAAAUAAUAUAUGAAAAGCUGAAACACCGGAAAUCAAUGCCAGAUAUGUCUAAUUACCAACAAAAUACAGUGCCAAUGCAUCUUAAACUAGUAGUUAUUGGUGUUAAGCAAAUUGAUGGUACGUCACUGCAUAAACAGAGGUUUUAGCUCUAAAGUAUUUCUGUAUAUGUAAAAUAUAUUAAACUAUUUCAAAUGAAAAGAUGCAAAUAAUUGUGAUUUGUCACUAACCUUUUAUUUUUUUAUUUUUUGAGAUUAUUCACAGUAUCUUCAGUCCAUUCCUCUGAAAGGGACUAAGGUGCUUUGGGCCGGGAUGACACGACAGACAUAAACAAUACUUAUCAGCUACCCAUUACCAAAUUAUUGUUUAUCAAUACUUUUGGAAAAAAGGUUUCAAUCCAAGAUCCUGGUGUACCCCUGUCCUGCAUGUUUAGGUUAAGAGCUUUCUCUGCUCUAAUAAACCCACUUUAAUUAGGGGUUUAUUAAUGAGCUGGACAGUUUAAUUAAACGUGUGGGGUCAUUGAAAACACCAAUGGCAGGGUUUAAUCUAAUAAUCCACUACCACUGAUCUGUUGUCGCAGUGUCAUCGCUCAUGUUCUGGACCACCAUAGUCUCUGUCACUUUAAUGUGGGUGGGUUGGGUGAUGCUAAUGUAAAAUACUGUCUGCUUAACACGCACUCCAGUCAAUCCAGUCCUGGAUGUUUUUAGGGGAAAGGCUGAGAAUGAUCAGGAGAGACUUUAUGUAAAGUGAGUGUGUGAGGAUGUGUGUAUACACCGAUUCCUAAGGGGUAAACAAUUUCCCAUAGGGGCUUACAGAAAUGUUUUGAUUUUUAAUUUGUGUUUUAUAUUUUUAUAAUAAAGAUUUAAUGAAAAUUGCAUUUGUGAACAUGUCAUAUUUAACAAAAUGUAUGUCGAUAUUUUAAAUAUAAAAUUCCUAUUUGAAAUGCCUGUCUGAAACUGGACAGGAUGACUGUAUAUAUGUUAUAUCAGUUUCGAAAUAAACAAAUCAUGUUUGUU